UGAUCAUUUCUCACACUGUAACACCAGAAUGAGCCAAAAAAGGCUCUUCACAUGUCUUUGUUUGGUAGUGGAAAAAGAAUUUUAGUUAAACAGUGUGGUUGGGGUCAAAAAUAGAUCACGGACUGAAUAUAUUGCAAUCACACACACAUACACACAUUAUCAUCAAAAAGAACAAUAGAGAGAGCGAGUGAGAUUAGCCACAAUGUAUUUUCCUCUCCUCUAUCUUCUGCUUCUGUCUUCUUGCUUGACACAUCAAGCUUUAGGCCAUGGGCGUGGCCGGUCACCACCGGAAGGAAGCUUGGACCCUUCUUCUCGCAUCACUGUCGUCGGAGUUGUCUACUGUGACACGUGUUCUAUCAACACUUUCUCAAGACAGAGCUAUUUCUUACAAGGUGUGGAAGUCCAUGUGACCUGUAGAUUCAAAGCAAGUUCACCAAAAACAGCAGAGGAAGUGAACAUAUCAGUAAACAGAACAACAAACAGAAGCGGCGUGUACAAGCUCGAGAUCCCUCACGUGGAUGGCAUCGAUUGCGUCGACGGGAUUGCCAUAGCAUCUCAAUGCAGCGCCAAGCUCCUCAAAACCUCCGACGACGACAAUGGAGGCUGCAGCAUCCCCGUUUUCCAAACUGCAACCAACGAAGUAUCCAUCAAAUCAAAGCAAGAUCGUGUCUGUAUCUACAGCUUAAGCGCACUCAGCUACAAACCUUCCCACAAAAACACAUCAUUGUGUGGAAACGGCGGGAAGAAACAUCACCGAAAGGAGGAGAAAGUGGAGAAGAAAUUUAGAGAUUCGAAAUUCUUCUGGCCUUAUUUGGCACCGUAUUGGUUCCCUUGGCCGUAUCCGGAUCUACCUCCAUUGCCGACUCUACAGCCGCUUCCAUCUUCCCCUUUCCCUUUUCUACCUUUCGGAAACCCGAAUCCAGCAUUGCCGGCUUUCGAUUGGAAAAAUCCGGUCACUUGGAUACCUUAUCUUCCACGUUUUCCUCCAGGAGAUCAUAAUCCUUAGGAAUAACCAGAUUCUUCCCUUUACCUCCACAUUUGGCUUCCUCCUCUAUUUUUAAUUUUCUUGGUGAUCACCUCUGUUUAGGGUAGAUCGUAUGUGUUUUUGUGGUUUGUACUUACUAAUGUGUAAUUAUUCUUCAGUUACAGAAGAUUAAGAAUUGGUUUAAGGAGGGGACAGUUUUGAUGGAUUUGAUAUAAGAUACAAGAUUGCAUGCUU